GCAGCUGGGGAAAUUUUUCAAGUCGAUACAAAGAAAUAGUAUAUAGAAUGGAUAAUCCCGUUGCCGGAUAUAGUCAAUGCCUGACUGCUGCCUGUGUUGAAGUAGCGACAUGCUAUAAUGAUAUGAUUGUUGAAUGUUUUCAAUCAAGACUUAUGUCACAUUUGGUUCGUACAAUCAAAGCGUCAGUGAAGCAGGUAAUAAGCAUCGAUCAUUUAUAUUGUAUACUACUCACUCUUUACACUUAUAUACAUAGUCAAGUAGCAAAUAUGCUUAAAAGCUUGCUGAAUACAGCCACCAGUAUAUCUGUGAUGGUAAAGCAGCAUGGCCUGAGGAUUUUACAGAUAUAACGAUCGAUGAAAGAACUGCCAUAAAUUCUCUCUGUAAAGAUCUCUUGAGAAUAGAAAUACCUAAGCCAGUUACGGUCAAAAGCUUGGCUGCAUCUCCGGGAUCAUAUAUACCAAUGCUUAGAGAGAUACUUA